AUGGAGACUGAGUCUGUAAGAUCCGAAAUAAGCAGCCGAUCCCGGCGGAGUUCGAGGCACAGGCAGCACACGCAUCGGAGCACUCGAAGCACAAAAUCUCAACGAAAAGACUGCGACAACAUGGCACCAUUUCAAACAAGUGUGAACAUUAAUCCUGAAAUUGGCCGAGAUGGGCAAGAAGUUAUUGAAGUCCAAAUUCUUCCUCAAGAUGAGAACUGGGGGGAGAAUACUACAGCUGUGACCGGGAACACAUCUGAAGGCUCUCAAUCAAUGGAAGAUGUCAGCAAUUGGCCUAUGGAAUCUGAUAGUGGGAUCGGUUUUGUUUGUUCUAGAUAUUUUGGCUCAACUAUAGCAUUAGGGCUUUCUUUCGUCUCGUUUGUCAGCCCUCUAGCAAUGGUUGUUUUACCGAAGCUGGGUUUCUUUCCUGGAUUAUCAGACAAUAAAGCUAUUCAGCCGAGCCAAAUUAUUCAAUUGUUAUCCUGUACAGCCGAGUGUAAAGGUAUUUUGUUGUCGCUAGCGUUUAAAUUAGUUUUAUUAGCGAUUGGUAUUUGGGCAGUGUUUUUAAGAAACAGAAAUGCAAUUCUACCUAGAAUAUUUGUUUUUAGAGCAAUGAUGUUAGUGAUUUUAGCAGUAUGUUCCUUCUCCUAUUGGUUGUUUUACUUCGUCCAGAUCAAUGAAGCGACUAAAGCUUUAUCUGUGGGUGAAGAAGCAAUGGACUAUACGUCUUUAGUCUCAUAUGUAUCAAGUUUUGGAGAUACACUUAUUUUCAUACAUUAUGUGGGGGUUGUGUUAAUGGAAAUCAGGCAUUUAGAGCCUGUUUAUUAUAUAAAAAUAGUAAGGAGUCCAGAUGGAGAAAGCAGGUCUUAUGCGAUAGGGCAGUUGAGUAUACAGAGGGCCGCAGUGUGGGUGUUACAGAAGUACUACACAGAGUUUCCGAUAUAUAACCCAUAUUUAGAAAAAAUACCAAUAUCAAAAUCUCAGAGAAAAGCACAAGGCAGUAUAAAGUUUUAUGAAGUGGACUCCAAUACGAAUCCGUCUACUGGACAGACAAGGUCCGCGCCGGGCUCGACGAGCAGCGCGCGCCGCCGCGACUCGUCCACGCACAACGAGCGCUACUACGAGGAGGCGGAGCGCGAGCGCCGCGUGCGCAAGCGCCGCGCGCGCCUGCUCUCCGCCGCCGAGGACGCGUUCGCGCACGUGCGCCGCGUGCGCCUCUCCGCCGCCAACGGUAUAGCACACGCUUUGCACACGCACGCUAAUAGACACACACACAGGACACUCAUACGCGGCGCGCUGGGCCCGCGCGAGGCGGCGCAGGCGGUGUUCCCGUCGCUGGCGCGCGCGCUGCAGAAGUACCUGCGCGCCACGCGCCAGCAGCCGCGGCACUCCGCCGACUCGGUACUAGCUCACCUUGCUCGCUGUCUCUCCCAAGACGCCUCACCCCGAGCCUUUCUCGAACCUUUUCUAGUGGAAGGGCCAGUUCUCUCCGCUGAACAAGAAGCAAGACCAAUCCAACGCUGGUCACUUAUAUCGGAUGAACUUCUAGCAAGACCAUUGGCAGAUAACAUUGAAUUCCAACUUAGACAAGGUGAUGUAUCCCUUAUAUGCUCUAUAAGACAGUUACCCAAGUUCACGCUCUCCGAAGAGGUUGUGGAUCCCAAAAGCAAUAGGUUCAUUUUAAGGCUAAACUCUGAAACGUCCGUC